CUGGUUUUUAACAAUUGGACAUACGAUCUUUACCAAAGCACAUGGAGCUGGAGGGAGGCAGUUUUGUAAACUUUAUAUAGAUAGAUAGUCAUGCAGUUUGACUCAGAAGAGGAGAUGGAGCCAUUCGAGCUCUCUGAGAAUGAGUUCAGACGAGGUCCUAAGAGAAGUCGCAAGCAGCAGCGAGAGGAUAGGAUAUACGGACAAUGGGCAGAGUAUGACUCUGAUGAGGAAACUAGCAAGGGUGUGCCUGUAUACUCUGACUACUCUAACUUUGUGAAGGGAGACAAAGGAGCUGAUGCCAAGGAUGGCAGUGGGGAGUCUGAUGGAGACACUCAGAAUUUGGAUGAGGAGGCGAAGGUGAUUCUGGCAGGCUAUGAUCAGCGUCAGAUAUCAAAAGGCGGGGACGAGGCCAACAUCAGGGGGUUUAAGUCUGCUGCUCUCAACAAGAACAAGAAUUUAGGUGCGUUUGAGAGCACAAAGGCUCCGGGACCUGCUACUACAAGUGUGAAGAAAGCCAAAAAACAGCCUCAAAAGUGGACCACACCAUCCACUGGCAAGGUCAUAGAGAAGGACUUCGGUAGAUGGGAGAAGCAUACAACAGGAUUUGGUAGCAAGAUGUUGUCCAAGAUGGGCUGGCGAGCUGGUCAAGGUUUGGGUUCAAAGGGCGCUGGUAUCGUCAAUCCGGUUAAAGCAACCAAGCAUACAGAUUUCGGGAAAGGAUUUUCUCACAUGCAACUUAAAAAGCAGUCGACAGCAGUGGUAGAUUCUGAAGAUGAGGAGGAACAGAAACAAUUUGAGCAAGAGUUACAACAAUGGAAGAAGACUGAGGAUCAUUCCAGAACAUCAAAGCCGAAGUACGUAUUCAAAACGGUGGAUGAACUCAUGAAGUCAGGCAAGGCUGUGAAGUCCCGUGGUGGGGUACGGGGUCCGUCAGUUAAAGUGAUAGAUAUGACCGGACCACAGCAGCGUGUUUUGUCCGGCUAUGAAGAUAUCCAUGACCGCCACUCACGACCUGACGAGGGACCUCAACAACCAGGCUCCGCCCAGAAAUUGUUCCUGCCCGAGCUCCUUCACAACGUACAGCUGCUAGUGGAUCGGACAGAACAGGACAUUCUCAAGAGUGAUCGUCGUCUGAGGCACAAUCGUGACUUGAUAGUCAAUUUAGGUUAUGAGAAGGAAGAGCUGAGAAAAGAGGUGGUGGAGGAGGAGAUUCAGAUUGACAAGCUCUCGGAGAUCCUCGCCUUGAUUGACAUCUGUGAGAACCGGCUCACUGGAGUAGGUCCACCUUUGACCCUGGACUACUGUCGUGAUAUGAUGACUGACCUACAAACUAAGUACCCAGUUGAGUAUGCAGCGUACAACCUUUCCUCGAUCGCCGUGGCCGUCUUCUUCCCCCUUAUCAAGAAACAACUGCAGGACUGGGAUAUACUCGACUACCCAGAGGAGCACACUGAAGUAUUUGCCAGCUGGAAGAAGCUGCUGAGAGAGAACCAGGCCACACACACUAUGCCCACCACUGAUGACAUGGACCCGUACGACCGGCUGAUCUGGGAGGUGUGGAUGCCCCGCCUACGUCGCACCCUUUUCUCCUGGUCCCCCAAGACUUGCUCCCCCCUCAUAAACUUACUGGAGCUGUGGGUACCUCUACUGCCACCAUGGGUCCUCGAUAAUAUAUUGGACCAACUCGUAUUGCCACGGUUACAGAGAGAGGUGUCCGAGUGGGACCCGACUACUGACCCUGUACCCAUACACAACUGGAUUCAUCCCUGGUUGCCAUUGAUGGAGGGUCGUAUGGAGGUUCUGUUUGUGCCCAUUCGUCACAAAUUGGCAGUGGCCCUCAACAACUGGCACCCUUCAGACUCCUCGGCUUACAACGUGCUGCAGCCUUGGGCCAAGGUGUUCUCCCCUCAGACAAUGGAGGCGUUCCUUGUGAGGACCAUUCUACCCAAACUUGCCUACUGUCUCCAACUUGAACUGCAAAUCAACCCGCACAAGCAGGAGAUUGGACCGUUCCAGUGGAUAUUAGCCUGGCGAGACCUGAUACCCGCGCAGCACUAUGCCUCCAUGUUAGAGAAACACUUCUUCCCCAAGUGGAUUCAAGUACUCUCCAGCUGGCUGCUACAAAAUCCCAACUUUGACGAAGUCACAAGAUGGUAUAUGGGCUGGAAGGGCCAUCUGGAUGCAGACAUUUUAAGAGAACCCUUAGUCAAGCACCACUUGAACAUAGCUCUUGACAUGAUGAAUAGAGCAGUGGCAGGCACCUAUCAGCCUGGGGCUAGGGAAAACGUGGCGUACCUUAUCAGCACAGAGAGGAGGAGUGUGCCUUCUUAUCAAAACGCUGUGGCAGCACCUGCAACUGUGAGCUUUAAAGACCUUGUUGAAAAACUGGCUGAGGACAAUGGUAUUCUAUUUAUGCCAGUAGCUGGUCAGAAGCGUCACGAAGGUAAAGCACUGUACAGCUUUGGACGAGCCACUCUCUACAUCGAUCGUGGUGUGUCCUUUGUAAUGAUGAGUGACACUCAGACAUGGAGACCUGUCUCCCUAGAUGACCUACUCAAGUUUGCAUGACUGUGUGUCAUGUUUUGUACACCACUAACUUCUCUCUCUUCAGCCUUUUUUCCUAUACCAAUUGUACACGUUGACAAAUAAAAUUGCUCAAAUGCAUGGCACAUGCACCUCUUA